GAAGCUAGCGGGAUCUUAGUUCACGAUAGUCUUCAUUAAGCAAGCCUUCAUUGGUAGGUCUUAGGUCUCUAGAAAUGUUCGUUCAGGAUGACGUCUACUAUAUCUCCCAAGUCAGCGUCCGGUUGGUCUAGGCUUACGAGUCUCAGUUUCUUAAGACAAGGAACACCGUCCAGCUAGCCCCGGACAUAAAUAUGCUCUAUCUCCCAUAGAGUGCCAUAACACCCAGUAACCUCAUUUCCAAGCCACAAGACCUAUGCUAUUCACAAUCAUGAAAAGCUUCAUCACCUUAACGGCUCUUGCUGCCGGCGCACAGGGCCUCACAGGUCGCACUACUAAUUGUUGCUUCCAUCUUACUGCCUCAGGCGGUGCCUCGGGCACCGUUGGCCAGCUCAGCGAUGGACAAAACCGUAUUGGUGACAACACUCUGUCUCCUGCGCAAUUCUGUAUUAACUCGCAUGGGGCUAUCACGGAUGGCAGUGGCCGUGGCUGCAUCUUAACUCCGCCGACUACUCAGUUCCAGUGUGAUCAGGGUGCCACACCUGAGUCGGGUUUCUCUAUUACCCCAUCUGGCUUGCUAGAGUUUCAAGGCGGCUCUGAUUUCCUCGCUUGUGACACUGGCCAGAACGGUGGUAUGAACAUCCAUGUCACUCCUAGCAAGGCCCUCGGGAAGUGUGUAAACAUCCAGUUGAAGGCCGACUCAUGCGCGCCUUCUGCCUCCUCUGCCCCACCCGCAACAACGUCCGCUAGCAAUAGCUGUCCCACCACGUUGUCUUCGGGCAACUUUGAGUUUCCUCAUCUGAUCAUUCCUGUCAACUCAAAGUCUCCCAAUAAGGCGUUCGGCACCUCAUUCAACGGCACGGUGACCUCAACCAUCUCAAGCAUAUUCAACUUCGAUAUUCCCCGGUCUGAUUCUGGCAAGACGUGCAGAUUAGUGUUCCUGUUUCCCCAGAAGGCUGACCUUCAGACCUCAUCCUUUAGCUUCAGCGGCGAUGGCAAGGUAAACUUUUCCAAGCUUUCCAAGGCUGCUACUACCUCUACUACCUUUAACAACGCUCCCUCUAUCUCGCAAGAUCUGGGUAAUAUCACGAUUUCGCCUGGAAAUUCAUUCGUUGUCUCAACUUUCUCCUGCCCUGCUGGUGAGGCUAUAGCCUUCGAAAUGAAAAAUGCCGGUACCACCGAGCUUAAUUUCUUCGAGGACUUCAACCCUGCUCCCCUGGGUCUUUUCAUCACUGUCUGCUAAAGAAGCAGCAUAAUUUCGGUGUUAUUUUCAGACUUCCAUCAUUAAGAGUUAAUCAUCUGUACUGAGUUCCUGACCAGAGUGAUCAUGCCGGAAACAAUUUGCACAAGAGCCUCAUACCUCAAAUGAUUACGCAAGUUCCCCGUCCAAAAGUCAUUCAUUUUGGUUAACGUCCUGGAAAACACCUAAUCAUCAGAUUUUUGUAUUACGUCAGUAUUGAAAUCGAUUAAUUAUUUUUCAAAUCCAGCAGCGUUGGUGUAGUGAAGACUUUAUUAUAAUAGCAUUGGACAGGGUGGCAGAUUC